AUGGCGCGUCCGGUCCGGGGAGCGCUCGGGGCCCCGCGCCGCUUGCCUUGUCCUCUCCUGCUGGGGUUGCUGCUGCUGCUUCGGCUGGAGCCGGCAACGGCCGAGGCCGGCCCGCGAGCGCCCUGCGCCGCCGCCUGCACUUGCGCUGGGGACUCGCUGGACUGCGGCGGGCGCGGGCUGGCGGCGCUGCCUGGGGACCUGCCUGCCUGGACGCGGAGCCUAAACCUGAGCUACAAUAAACUUUCUGAGAUUGACCCUGCUGGUUUUGAGGAUUUGCCGAAUCUACAGGAAGUGUACCUCAGUAACAACGAGUUGACAGCGAUUCCGUCCCUGGGUGCUGCUUCAUCUCACAUCGUCUCUCUCUCUCUGCAACACAAUAAGAUUCGCAGCGUGGAGGGGAGUCAGCUGAAGGCUUACCUGUCCUUGGAAGUGCUGGAUCUGAGCUGGAACAACGUCACGGAGAUCCGGAGAGCCUGCUUUCCGCACGGGCUGCCCAUAAAGGAGCUCAACCUGGCAGGCAACCGGAUCGGCACCUUGGAGUCGGGAGCAUUUGAUGGUCUGUCACAGUCGUUGCUAACGCUCCGCCUGAGCAAAAACAGGAUCACGCAGCUUCCUGUGAAAGCAUUCAAGUUACCUAGGUUGACACAACUGGACCUCAAUCGGAAUCGGAUUCGGCUGAUCGAGGGCCUGACGUUCCAGGGACUCGACAGUUUGGAGGUGCUGAAGCUUCAGCGAAACAACAUUAGCAAGCUGACGGACGGGGCCUUCUGGGGGCUCUCCAGGAUGCACGUGCUGCAUCUGGAGUACAACAGCCUGGUGGAAGUGAACAGCGGCUCGCUCUACGGCCUCACGGCGCUGCACCAGCUCCACCUCAGCAACAACUCCAUCUCCCGUAUCAGCCGUGACGGCUGGAGCUUCUGCCAGAAGCUGCAUGAGUUGAUUCUGUCCUUCAACAAUCUCACCCGGCUGGACGAGGAGAGCCUGGCCGACCUGAGCAGCUUGAGCGUCCUGCGCCUCAGCCACAAUUCCAUCAGCCACAUCGCAGAAGGCGCCUUUAGGGGACUCAGAAACCUGCGUGUCUUGGAUCUGGACUACAAUGAGAUUUCGGGCACAAUAGAAGACACCAGUGGCGCUUUUUCGGGGCUUGACAACCUCAGCAAGCUGACUCUAUUUGGAAACAAGAUCAAGUCUGUGGCUAAGAGAGCGUUCUCAGGGCUGGAAGGCCUGGAGCACCUGAACCUUGGAGAGAAUGCUAUCAGAUCGAUCCAGUUCGAUGCCUUUGUGAAGAUGAAGAAUCUCAAAGAGCUCCGUAUCAGCAGUGACAGCUUCCUGUGCGACUGCCAGCUGAAGUGGCUGCCCCCGUGGUUACUGGGCAGGAUGCUGCAGGCCUUCGUGACAGCCACCUGUGCCCACCCAGAGUCACUCAAGGGCCAGAGCAUCUUCUCUGUGCCACCAGAGAGUUUCGUGUGUGACGAUUUACCAAAGCCACAGAUCAUCACCCAGCCAGAGACAACCAUGGCCGUGGUGGGCAAGGACAUCCGGUUCACGUGUUCAGCCGCCAGCAGCAGCAGCUCCCCUAUGACUUUUGCCUGGAAGAAGGACAACGAGGCGCUAGCCAAUGCCGACAUGGAGAACUCAGCCCACGUCCGUGCACGGGAUGGGGCGGUGAUGGAGUACACCACCGUUCUGCACCUGCGCCGUGUCACUUUCGGGCACGAGGGCCGCUACCAGUGUGUCAUCACCAACCACUUCGGCUCCACCUACUCACACAAGGCCAGGCUCACUGUGAACGUGUUGCCAUCAUUCACCAAAAUGCCCCACGACAUUGCCAUCCGGACUGGCACCAUGGCCCGCCUCGAAUGUGCUGCCACCGGCCACCCGAACCCGCAGAUUGCCUGGCAGAAGGACGGGGGCACAGAUUUCCCCGCUGCCCGUGAGAGACGCAUGCACGUCAUGCCGGACGACGAUGUGUUUUUCAUCACCGAUGUGAAAGUCGAUGACAUGGGGGUUUACAGCUGUACCGCCCAGAACUCUGCCGGCUCCAUUUCCGCGAACGCCACCCUGACCGUCUUAGAAACCCCGUCCUUACUGGCGCCCUUGGAAGACCGCGUGGUGUCCGCGGGAGAAACGGUGGCUCUGCAGUGCAAAGCGACCGGGAGCCCCCCGCCCCGCAUCACCUGGCUCAAGGGGAACCGCCCCCUGAGCCUCACCGAGCGGCACCACUUCACGCCCGGCAACCAGCUGCUCGUCGUGCAGAACGUGGUGGCGGAGGACGCAGGCCGGUACACCUGCGAGAUGUCCAACGCGCUGGGCACUGAGCGAGCGCACAGCCAGCUGAGCGUCGUGCCCGGCCCCGGCUGCCGGCGGGACGGCACCACCGUGGGCAUCUUCACCAUCGCCGUGGUGUGCAGCGUCGUGCUGACGUCCUUGGUCUGGGUGUGCAUCAUCUAUCAGACCCGGAAGAGGAGGGAGGAGUACAGCGUCACCAACACAGAUGAAACCAUCGUGCCACCAGAUGUUCCGAGCUACCUCUCUUCUCAGGGGACCCUUUCUGACCGACAGGAAGCUGUGGUCAGGACCGAGAGUGGCCAUCAGGCCAACGGGCACAUCGAGACCAAUGGUGUCUGUCCGAGAGACGCCAGCCCCUUUCCAGAGGCGGACGCUCACGGCAUCACGUGCAGGCCACCCAAGCCCUGUGUGGGGUAUAAUAAGGAGCCGUGGAAAGGGCUGGAGAGAGCCGACGGGAUACCUGGGCCACAGAAGAUGGAGCACAGCGGCCCAGCUGAGUGCAGUGAUGGCAACACUGAGAUGGACAGUUACUCCGAGGAGCAAGCCUUCUGUCCCCAGCCCGUGUCCAGGGACAGUGCACAGCCAGGCCCACCAAGCAGCCAGGACCCCAGUCAGGGGAACCGAGAACAUUCCCCCCGGCCUCUGCACAGUGGGACUGCAGAUGGUGCUCACACUGACCGCGUGCAGUCCCUCUACCCCAGCAACCAUGACAGAAUGCCGGCAUGCUCGAAGAAAAAGCCGGCCGCCCCUCACGAUGCUAAAGGGGCUGCUUCUUGGACGUUAGCAAGGUUGUGUGAGCCAGACUCCAGAGACCUCCAGCCUUCCUCUGCGGUAACUGCAGGCAACCCUGAGCUCACACCGGCCUCCUCGGGCUUUCCUGACGUCCCCAGUGAGGGCCAGCACUUGCUUCUUUCCAAUGGACACCUCCCCAAAGCAUGUGACUGCCGUCCUGAGUCCACACCACUGACAGGACAGCUCCCCGGGAAACGGAGUGUGCCACUGCUGUUUGCACCGCACGUCUAGCUUUGUCUACCUCAGCUCUUGUUGUGUCAAUCCCUACAGGAAAGAGAGGUAGGAGAGGCAGCUUGCUUCAAGCGUCACUGAUUUGUACAGUUGUAACUUCCAUGUGGAGUACCCGUAGUUUAAAGAACUUGCAGCUGAAGCGCAGAGAUGCAAGAGGCUAUUGUGUACAAAAGGCAGAAAAGUGUUUGAUACCGUUGUAUAUAAGAGUUUUCAGAGAUUUCAUAUAUAUUAUAU